AUGAGAAUUCACACGGGAGAGAAGCGUUUCUCAUGCCAUCGGUGUGGAAAAUGUUUUAUUCAAAAAGAACAGCUUGAUGUACACAUGAGAAUUCACACGGGAGAGAAGCGUUUCUCAUGCCAUCAGUGUGGAAAAGGAUUUAUUCAAAAAGAUAGCCUUUAUAUACACAUGAGAGCCCACACUGGAGAGAGGCCUUUCUCGUGCCAACAGUGUGGGAAAGGUUUUAAUCAAAAAGAUAGCCUUAAUGAGCACAUGAGAGCUCACACUGGAGAGAGGCCUUACACGUGCCAUCAGUGUGGAAGGAGUUUUGCAUAUGCAACUAGUCUCAAGAAUCAUCUCCGCUGUCAUUCUGUAGAAAGACCAUUUGAAUGUGAUAAAUGUGGUAAAACAUUUGUUUUGAAUUCAGGCCUAAAACAACAUCUGAAAACUCACACAAAUGAGAAGUCUUACAAGUGUUCUUUUUGUGGAAAGAGUUUUGCUCGCCUGGCCUAUUUUAAAGAACACCAGAAAAUACAUAACAGUGUGGGUGCUCACAUGUGCUUUGAAUGUGGAAAGACCUUUAUUACAGCCGGCAUAUUGAAACGGCACCAAAUAAUUCAUUCUGGAGAAAAACCUUACAAGUGCACACACUGUGGAAAGAGUUUCACUCUGUCAGGAAACCUGAAAACACAUGAGAGAAUCCAUACUGGAGAGAAACCAUACAAGUGCUCACACUGUAGAAAGUUUCACCCGGUCAGAAAACCUGAAAAAACACAAGCGAAUUCACACUGGAGAGUCACCAUACCACUGCUCUUCAUGUGGGAGGAGUUUCAAACAUUCAAGUCAUCUACAGAGACAUUUAAAGAAGAAUUGCCCAAGUUAUCAUAG